CGCCCCCCCCCCCACCCCACUCCACACACACACACACACGCACGCACGCACGCACACACAUCAGCCGACCACCGUUUUCAGCUCAGUCAAAUAUCUUUUAACAGCAUCACGUUGUGGGUGAAGACUGGCGCCGGAGCAACGCUGGAACCAUGCCUCUUCUGCAGAUUUGGACUGGGAAAUUUCAUCCGCCGAUUUGAUUGUCAGGAGGCUGCUGCUUCAGCCAUUCAUGCCAGUGUUUGCUGUUUUUUUUUUCUUCCUUUUUCUCCCCCUCCUUUCCCCAACCACCUACCCCCCCACCCCCCUCAACUGGACUUGUCAUCACUUUUAAAAGUAUCCUAUAUGCUGUUCUUUUUUAUUCGAGCAAAGAUGUCUGAUCUUCUGGUGUUGGUCGAGGGGCUCUGUGACCUGCACGGAUUUCCAUAGCUAAAGGAAAACAGCGGGGUCCAAACAGCAGAUUUUCCCCCCUCCUUUUUUUUCUAUUCUUUUUUUUGUUUUGUUUUGUUUUGUUUUUGUUUGUCCAUUAUAAUAUUUUUUUAAAAUCGUCUGCAUAGAUGUAGGCGAGUAAUUCGACUGAUUUUUUUUUUUUUUUUUUUUUUAUAAAAGGGGAUUUUUUUUUUUUUUUUUUUUUUUUUUGUUUGUUUGUUUUGUUUUGUUUUUUAGUUGCCUGUUUUAUUUCUUAGUUUGUGCGUUUUCGGGAGGACCACGGGACUGGUUGGAUUAUAGGAACUAUAAGGAUUCGUGGAGAUGUUGGGUCGUCAAGAAGAAAAAAUAUGUGGAAUUUUCUCUGCUUUGGUGGCUUUGUCCUUCCUAUGCUUUGUUCAAAGCUCCUCCAACGAAAGCACCGGAAUGUCUGUGGCCAAGACUACCGUGGACAAGUUGCUGAAGGGAUAUGAUAUCCGCCUAAGGCCUGAUUUUGGAGGUCCUCCAGUCAUCGUAGGGAUGAGCAUCAACAUAGCCAGUAUCGACUCCAUCUCAGAAGUAAACAUGGACUACACCAUCACAAUGUAUUUCCAGCAGAGCUGGAGAGACAAGCGUUUGGCCUACGGAGAGCUGAAACUGAACCUGACUUUGGACAACCGUGUAGCAGACCAGCUGUGGCUCCCUGAUACUUACUUCCUUAAUGACAAGAAGUCCUUUCUUCAUGGAGUGACGGUGAAAAACCGAAUGAUCCGACUGCACCCUGAUGGCACCGUCCUAUACGGACUAAGAAUAACAACUACUGCUGCCUGCAUGAUGGACUUGAGGAGAUACCCUCUGGAUGAACAGAACUGCACUCUGGAAAUUGAAAGCUACGGAUAUACAACAGAUGACAUCGUAUUCUUUUGGGAAGGAGAUGACAAAGCUGUGACCGGGGUUAAAGAGUUGGAAUUACCUCAGUUCUCCAUUGUGGACGUCCGCCUGGUGUCUAGGGAGGUCAGGUUUACUACAGGUUCAUAUCCAAGGCUCUCAUUGAGUUUCAGGAUUAAGAGGAACAUAGGCUAUUUCAUCUUGCAGACGUAUAUGCCCUCCAUCUUGAUCACCAUCCUCUCCUGGGUCUCCUUCUGGAUCAAUUAUGAUGCCUCUGCAGCUCGCGUGGCCCUCGGUGUGACAACGGUGCUUACCAUGACCACGAUUAACACCCACCUUAGGGAGACCCUCCCAAAGAUUCCUUACGUGAAAGCCAUCGACGUCUACCUCAUGGGCUGUUUUGUGUUUGUGUUCCUGGCCCUGCUUGAAUAUGCCUUUGUAAAUUACGUGUUCUUUGGCCGGGGCCCUGCGCAACAGAAGAAAAUCAAUGAGAGGCUGGGCAAAGUCAACAACGAGCGUACGAGAUACGAAGAGAAGCGCCUGAGGGAACAGGACUCCAUUUCCGUGCCGUUUCAAACCAACACCUUCAGGUCAUUUACACAGCGAAGAAAUCUGUAUCUCGAGGAACAAAGAAAAGUUGGGGUGGACGCUUACGGGAACAUCCUCCUCACCACGCUGGACAUGAACAACGAGGUGAUGCCUUCCGACGUGGGGAGCAGCGUCAGUGACUCUCGGAAUUCCGUCAUGUCCUUCGACAGCUCCGGCGUCCAGUUUAGGAAGCCCAUGGUGCCCCGGGAUGGCUACGGCCACCACUCGCUGGACCGGAGCGCCAUGCGGAGCCGCGCCAACUGUCGGCUACGGCGACGCUCCUCCAAGCUCAAGUUGAAAAUCCCCAACCUGUCCGAUGUUAGCACCAUCGACAAGUGGUCCCGGGUCAUUUUCCCCAUCACCUUUGGAUUUUUCAACCUAAUCUACUGGUUGUACUAUGUGAAUUGAUGCGCAUCCCACUAGGAAUCAUGGGCCAUAUUUUGAGAGCACAUUAAAUUGGCUUCGAUACAGUUCCAAAAUAUGUAUACACAUAUACAAGUUGAACAUAUGUAUAUGCAUAUUUCCAUAUAUUAUAUUUAUAUAUACACAUGUGAAAUCCGAAGAACCUUUCUGCUGUACAAAGUAUUACUAGGAUGACUUGAAUGUUUAAGAAUACUUGUGCGAGAAGAAUUUCAACGCUUUUUUUGUUGUUGUUGUUUUUUUCCUCCUGAAACAAACAUGAGAUCCUCCCCACCAGGGGUUUUUCAGAACUAAAGACUGCAUGAUAUUUUUGCUAAAAAAAAAAAAACACAAAACAAAACAAAAAGAAAAGUGAAAAAAUAGCAAACAGAAAGAAGGGGAAGUGAAAGCUCUUGAGAGAGAAGAUGUCUCGGAGUCCCAUUGACUUUUUAUUGAUACUUAUCGUACUCAGAAAUCCUCUUCUGCAGCUCGAGAAAUCAGCGGUGGCUCGCGCGUCCGGGCAUCGACUCACUGAGGUCCUUGACGCCACCUUUGCCCCCCCCCUCUGCCGUUACCCCACAGGAGGACGACAUGCACGGAAACCGCUCCGUUUCUACUAUGUACAGCAACUUUGUUUGGAUUAUGUGUUGUUCUUUGGCUUUUUUUUUUGUUUUGUUUCUAGAGUGAAUAUUGUUCACCUUAUGAGACAUCAGCUCCGGCCAAAUGGUCUCCAUUCAGUUGGCGUACGGAUAGGAUGUCUGACUGCUGCAUUUCCACCCAGAGUCAACUUGUAUUACUUUUUCAUUCUCUUUUGUUUGUUUUAUUUAUUUAUUUAUUUAUUUUUUUUUUCUAUUUUAUUAGAAAUACAUCCUCGGAGUGGUGGGAUGUGGGUGGGAUCGUGGUUGAGGAUACCGGUGGAGAAAGAGGUGGGGAUUUUUAAAUUUUCUUUUUCAUUCUAGGUAAAAAAAAAAACAAACACACACUGCUUAUUGUAGAUAUGAUUUCAUCUUAACAAAAACUGUGAUUUCAGAGAGUCAGACCAUGUUUUAGGGGUUGGGCAUUAUGAGAUAAAAGAGUAAGAGGCGUGCAUUGCUGGGUCUGAUCGUUUGGGGGAAAAAGAUAUUCUGUACAUUUAAAUCAUUCAGUAUUCUCACAAAGGUAUGCUUGUGUUUUUUUUUUCCUUCUUUCUUCCUAAUGAUUAACUCGCGUUUUCUUUAGAUGCAGAGUUUAUUGACAUAGGAUCCUGCUUUGUGUUUGCUACGCAGGAGCAGGAAGGGGAACGGGAUGGGUCACCUUUGUUGUUUGUGUGAAAUUAUUUCUAGGUGAAGAUGUGAGAUCAUGUACAUUCAAAAAGAUCCACCAAAUCCUCAUUCAGAACACGGCAUAUCUUUGUUUGCUCAGCCUCUUUUUUGGUUUUCCCAGUCAGUGUGUGAAGGGAAGAAUAUUUUGGAUUCGGAUUGUACCGGGAAAGAGGCGCACGUAGGAGGGGGUUUCGUCAUUGUAGCCUUUUUCGACAGCAUGCCCCAGAACUGCUGCUACAAGAUCAGGAGGGAUUUACUGUUUCAGAAAAAUAGCCAUGAAUUGAAUGAAAUGAUGACCAAAAGGCCUGUAUUUCAUGCAUUCCCCUGGAAUACACACACGUCGCAUUUCUAGCGCUGAUGUACCGUCGGGGAGGGGUGCUGGUUAUGUUCCCCCUUUCGCCAUUUCCGACCUCUGCAGUUUUGGUUUUUCAGUAUCCAAGAUUUUCGAUUAUGAAACAUCGCCGUUCAGAAUGUCUCCUACCAAGUGUGCAUCAGUUCACCCUUUCCAGCGGGAUCUGUCACACCCACUUUAGCAACUUACAAUAACUGUCUGUAUUUUACUCAUGGACUAUUAAGAGUGUGAUAGAAAAGGAGAUAACGUAGAGUAUUUGUGGCCACGAGCUGUCAAAGAUUAUAACCGUAGCCAGGUUCUCAAACAUCAGAUCUAUGAAACCUGGCUUUUUCUCCCCACCUGUAUAUUAUUCAUACCCUUCUGCAUGAUCAGUAAGAAAAAAAAUCUGAGCCCUUAUGAAACAUUUAAGCUACUUCUAGUCAGAAAAAAAUAAAAUAAAACUAUUACCUUAAAUGUCAUUCUGCCAGGGGCAUAAAUAAUUGCAGCUACAAUAAAAAGACAACAGACGAUGCCAAGGUUCGAGAUUAGUGGUACAAAGUUUAGGGAAGACGGGACAAAACGGAGGUUUCAGUUGGUGAAAGGGUGAACUGACGCUGCUGCUGACUCAAGAAUUACUGCAGGAUAUUAUCGUGUGCCAAAUCAGACUUUACUGUAAGACAUUUCUUAUUAAUAUUUUUACAAAACGACACUUUUUUCACAUGUCACUUACUUCGGUUGAAAAGCUAAACAGAAAGAAAUUGCAGUUGUACAUGAAGAACUAGAUGAAUUCCUCCCUGGGAGAGCAACAUAACGAUGGAAGAGCUGCAAACAUCGAUUUAUCAUCGGAUAUCUGCUUUCUUCUCUGGAGCGCUGGGUAUCCAAAAGAUUCCUUCAAAAAGGAAAACUGAUCAGAAACCAAUGUGUCUACCUAAGUAAUAGUGAAGUUUGUGCAGUGCUGUGACCAGUGGUGCAAUAUGACUUUUAGUUGGGGGAUUUUGGGGGGGGUUUUGGGAUGAAUUUUAUACAGCAAUGACAUAUUUUCAAGCAGCAUCUUUAAUUCUUGAAAUCUCCACUUUUGUGUCUGCAAUUAGGAAAUUUAAGUCAAAAUAAAAAAAAACGGGUGGCAAGAUAAAACAAAAAAAAAAUGAUAAAAUGCCUUCUCCAAGCAAUAGACGGGAAACACUCAAAGACUGAAGGUUAGAUCCAAAUGUGUCCUGCUGAAAUUAAAUGAACUCGAAAACAGACUGUUUUAGCCCAACGUGAGGUUUGCGAGCACUUUACUGAUUUUACACAACAAUCUAAUAUCCCGCGCUUAGCCGUAAACUUCUCACAGAGACGUUUACGGCCACAACAAACCAGAGCCGUCGUUUAUUUAUUAUUCCCUUCAUUCCUCUCGCCUGGUAAAUCUUUGCCCCCCCCUCCCCCAGCAGUAAAAACCCGACCCGCUGAGAUCGCUUGGGGGCGUAAAAGCUUUACUCGGCCUCUUCCCACAUAUGCAGUAGAAGCCCCCGACACCUGUAAGCUCACGCCAGUGUUGCUGUUCCCCUUUAACUCAUUGCUGACGUCCCUGUGACAUGUAUGCUGCAAUUCUUAACUUCUGCCUUACAGAAGUUGUCUUAAGGGGAGACGCUCAGCCGGCGUCACGACUAGACGUGGCUCUCUUUUAGCCAGCUAUUCGUUGCAAUCAGAUCAACGAGUGGAAAGUGACUGCGCGUUGCCACAGUGUUGAUCGCGUCAUAAUUGGUACACUUUAUAAAUUGUUAGAUGUGGGGUAGUAAUUUUGACUUAGGGGUGUUUCAGAUGGGUACAUUUUUGUUACAGUAGUAACAAUGUCAACUGUUUUGUUUUGUUUGCAUAUUUCAUUGUUAAAUUGUUUAAAUUGAAAUAUGAUGGAUCUUUAUGAAAUUACACUUGGAUUCAGACUAUGUGGCCAGAGGAUUUUGUUUGCUCCACUGCAAACCAGGCAGAUGUUUCUGUGUUUAACUGCCUGCUCUGUGGUCUCAGUGAGAUGCACUCGCAGUCUGCGUUUUUUCUAAUGUAAACUGACUCAAGUAUUAAACUCUUAUUCAGGUUGGUGUUAUUCCCAGAAAUGAAAGCCUGUUCAGGUAUUGUACUGUUUAGAUAGUACACUAAACGCAUAUGGAGGGGAGAAAAAACAACAACAAAAAAAAAACAUUCUCACAGUAAAUAUAUUCACUGUUCAUUUCAAACACCACAUGUACUACCAGCUUUCUGGACAUGAAAUUAGCACCUCCAUCCCAAAGCCUGUGAGGACAUUCUGUUCUGAAACUUUUUCUUGCUUAUCUAGAGAGUUUCUUUUUUCUUUUCCUUUGAACACUUAAGUUCAAUAAGUAGAGAAGGAGGAGGGGGAAAAAAGUGUUGAACUGAUUUCAAUGUGAAUUCUCUUGCCUCUAGUGUAUAUGUGUAAUUACAUGUGAAUUGUACUGUAAAUAUAAUAUCUUUCACUUAAUAGUUCUUAAUGCAUGAACAAAAACAUGGCAGUUCUUAAUACCAGCUAGCCUCACUGCUAAUGGCAUGGACAGCUUUUCUAGCAUUGGCAUACUUCUGCAAACGAAACCUUAACAAAAAAGAAACAAAAAAAAUCUGAAAACAUAAAGGAACACAUGGUGUGAACAAAAUAAUGGAGAAACCAUGACAAAGUUCUCUCGCGGUGAUGGAGUUUCUGGCGGUUCAAAGGGAACGCUAGCGCUAAAAGCGUGCGUUCAGCUAGUGGGAAAGUGAUGUUCUGGCGAUUUAGGCUUUUUGCGUUUGUCCGUUUAAUGUGACCGGAAGCCUUUCAGGAGAUUUCAGCAUAUUCUACCCACUGCACUUACCUCAGCCAUUCACAAACCACUUAGUCCACAAGUUCUCCCAAAAAAAUAUGAUCAGCUAGCUAGCUUGCUAUGGCUAGAGGAGCAGGGUUGCCUUAAGAGGGCGAGUGGGAUGUUUUUUGUUUUGUUUUUUUCCUGUUCCUCACCAAGAAAAUCUGUAGUGCCCCUGAGCAAGGCACUUUACUAAUUGCCCAAGUGCAAAUGGUUGGAGUCUGUGGUGUAUUGUAGCAAACAUCUUUAGCUAUCCGAGAGCAAGGCUAGCAAAUCUGUGCUGGACUGUAGCAAACACUUUAGCUAAUUUAGAUCAUGGUUAGCAAACUGUAGCCUGGAGAAAUAAAUGAAGAAGUGUCCCUUUCUUCUGUAACAGCACAUAAAUCCCAAUAUGGACAGCUGGAAAACGCCUUUUCACUUACCUGAAGUGCGCUAACACCAUAUUACAUCCGUCAAAUCACCAGAACAAAAUUAGGAGGCUCCAUACUGUCGGACGAAUUGUCGCUGGUGGAUUCAUUAUUUUGUCCUCACUUUGAAGGUUUUGUUUUGCAUGACCUGAGUUUAAAAAAAAAAAGGGUUUAUUUUCGUAUAUUUUUACUCUACACCAUCCGAUUCAUAUCCACAGCCAGGAAGUAAAAAAUAAAAAUAAAAAAUGUUUGAUUCAGUGUUUACAUGCUCAAAUUGCACUUGUUUUACAGCCAGCUCUAUAAAUCUUGUGGAACAAACUGUUCAUAAAGCUGAAGGACAAACAUCACAGUAGAGCGCACAUUAUGUGAUUUCGUCUUCUUCUUCUUUUUUUUUAUUUGAUGAAUCACAGUUGUGCACUUCUACAAAAAAAAUAUUGUAAAUCAGUUUGAGAUAGAUGCACCAAGUGCAUGCUAGAGUUUUAUCCGAUUCAGCUUAAGCAUCCCAUCAAACGCCCUUCAACUACAAAGGAUGUAGAGGGUGCUCUCCUGCAGCAUCUUAACAUAUAAGCCAUGUGAUUGCACACUGAGUGGGUGUUCCCUGUAUUUCCUCUUUGAUAAGUUGCCUCUGGUUACGGCCUGCUGUCGAUUACUGUAUGAGGGUGACUUGCAAGACACUGUGCCGAUUCCCAGUUUCCCACAUGUCAAUAUACUGUACCUCCCUCUUUUUAAGACCCUUCCUGAAAGACUGUCUCAUAUUUAACCAGUAGGUAAAAAAAAAAUAAAAGAAA